AUGAGCACCCCGCUUGUCCUAUUACCCUGCGAUGAGGUACCUCGCGACCAUCUUCCUGCCAACAACUCGAACCCUCUACGGCUGGGCCCCGGCCUUCGUAUCCUCUCACAACCCUCUUCAAAAUCUGCCGACUCCAAACAUGUCUUGACAGCCACACAAGCUGGUCUACUCACGACCGAUGCCAAGAAGAACACAGUCUCACUUCUUUCUUUCCCGAACCGCCGAUAUAUCCCCACCGUCAACGACUUCGUCAUCGCACAGAUUCACCACUCUAGCGCUGAUUUCUUCCACUGCAUGGUGACUCCGCACACAGCACAUGCACUUCUGGGCCAAUUGUCAUUUGAAGGCGCAUCCAAGAAGACAAGGCCAAUGUUGAAGCAAGGCGAGCUGGUGUACGCCCGAGUACUGUCCGUGGGAGUCGGCGCCGGCGCCGAAGUCGAGCUCACCUGUGUGAGCCCAUCAACCGGCAAGGCUGAGGGAGGUAUGGGUCCUCUGGCCGGUGGAAUGGUCUUCGAUAUUUCAACGGGCAUGGCUGGGCGCUUGAUCCGGGCAAACUCCUCUUCAGCUGAGACAGAUGAAAUUGAAGGGCUUGUUGUCCUUUCUGAGCUUGGGAAGAAGCUGGAAAGCUCGGGAGGAUUUGAACUUGCUGUUGGACGGAAUGGAAAGGUGUGGGUGAACUGCUCCGACUCUGAAGAGAACGCCAUUAGGGCUACAGUUGCCAUUGGGCGCUGUCUACAGGAAACCGACCAGAAAAACCUCCACCCUCAUGACCAGAAGAAGCUGGUGACGAAGAUUCUACGGGAGAUGAAGUUGGCUUGA